CGUUCUUUGAGGCAGCGGGCUUCUCAGAGGCGGUGGUGGCGGGAAAGACCCGCCCCCCUCGAGGGAAAGUGGAUGACGCUUGGAUGUCAGAGGCGCCAGUUAGUGCCUAGGCGUCCAGCCUUCGUCCCCACCGGGAAGGUGAGGGACCGCACGGACCACGGGCAGAGGUCAGCAGCUGUGAGGAUGUCGAUGGAUAUUAUAAAGGGAAACCUAGAUGGAAUUUCAAAACCAGCCUCGAGUUCAAGAUCACGUCCUGGGAGUAGAAGUUCAAAUGUUUCUCUGGAGGUGCUCUCGCCAGAACCAGGGGCCUUCAAGAUUGACACGGUAGGCAAGUUGAAUUUUAGUAAGGAGGACCAUUCAUCAAACAGUAGUGUGGAAGAAAGAAGACAUAGUCAUGAUGGCAAGUGGGCUGAGAGCACAAAACCAGCCAAUCAGGGCUCAGAUGAAGACUCGGACUUGGCUCAACAGAUGACCCCCGAGGAUCCAGGUGAUCUCAAAUUAGAAGGGCUGGAUGCUCAGCUUCAAAAUGCUAUUCAUAAGAUGCACAGACUGGAUAAGAUACUGGCCAAACGACAGUGUAGAGAAAAGAAAGUUAAAAAGCAAGGUGUAGAAAUGCGAAUUAAGCUGUGGGAAGAACUCAAGUCUGCAAAAAAUGCUGAAGACUUGGAAAAUGACGAGGAGUUGGAAAACACAAAAAAGUUUUUGUGUUUGACUUCGAAAUCUGCAGAAACAGCUGUAGAGCCUUUAUGCUGUGAGUUUGAAGACGUGUUUUUCUCAGUGUUUCAUACUCAGAUUCCUCCAGAAAACUAUGAGAAUUGCAUGCAGAAUAUCAAGAAGGAACUAGAUUUUACAUGUGACGUUGAAAAAAAUGAACUGUUGAUCAAAACAGAAGAGAAACCUUUUUCAAACACAGAAAGGAUCGAGCUUAGGAGUAAACCCAGCCAGGAUUUUAUUAAGCGAAACAUUGAGUUGGCCAAGAGUUCCAGAAGCCCGGUGGUUAUGAUUGACAGAGAGAAGAAAAGGCUGGAUGAACUCCUGAAAGGUCUGGAUGAUACAGAUGCAGGACUGUCCAGCUCUGAGGGUGAUCCGUGUGGUUGGCUGGUCCCCGGAGAAGGAGAAGGCUAUACCCUUGCAGCUAUGGAGUCUCAGCAGCUGGCUCAGAUUGACACAAAACUUCAGGAACUCUCUGUGGUGUCGCCAGCCGUCUUCAGCCUCUCUCCAAGACGUGAGAGUCAGAGCAAUAAGGAACCUGACCCCAGUGAAGAAAUAGAUACGGAACCAGCUCCAGGGGAAAAGAUACUCCGGGACAUCAAAGAGCAAAGGGACCAGCAGUCUCGGCUGAGAGCCAUCGAUGGGAAGCUGAGAGAGAUCAAUGAGCAGUUAAAUUCCACAUUACGUCUGUCUGAGGAACAGCUCAAGUGUCUUCUGGAGGAGUGUGUAUCCCAACAGAAAUGCAUCCCUCUUUGCCUUUCUUCUGAAAGAGAAGAUGAAAUUAUUGAUGCACCACUUGGGCCCCCACAGCUUUGCCCAUCCACCCUCUGUGGAUUGCUAGAUGAGUCCGAAGUCAAGGUCCAGAAAACCCAGCUAGAUGAUGCAAACAGGCCUGAGAACGAGGGAUGUGGACAUGCUGUAGGCUCCUAUCUCACCAAAGCCUUGGCUGGGCACUACAAACCAGAAGCUCUCAUCACUGAAGUGGAGGCCAUGAAAGGCCUCCAGUUCUCCAAGGAGGGGGCUUUCAAUGAUGCAGCAGACUAUUUUAUGUCAAAGACCAUUGGAAUCGGGAGACUGAAAAAGCCCCUGUUCUUGGAUGAUCCCCUGGAUGACAUCAAUGUAAACGCCUUCUCAGAUGACCAGCAGCUGAAACUCAGCCAUCCAGAUGAACCAGCAGUAGCAGAUGAACAGGAGACUGGAGAGGCGGUGGAUGAACCAGAGGAAUGUGAAGCAGGACUCUCUGGGGUUUAAGCUUAAGAAAGUUGGAAACCAAGUUGGACUAUAUAUUUUUUUUCCUGAAUUCUUUGUAUUCAAUGAAUGCAUCAUAGAGCCUAUUCCUUAAAGAUUUCAACAUUUGAAUUCCUUCUUUGCUGAUUACAUUCCUUUGAUUAUUUUGAAAUUUGGGGUGUAAAUGUUUGCUGGUUUUUAUUCAUUGUAAUUCCUGUGAAAAUUGUUUACAAAUGUAUCACUAAUGUUGCUAGCUCAAGGAUACUUUAUAAAAACCAACAUUGUAACACACACACACACACACACACACACACACACACACACACUGUGUUAAGUCUAGUGGCUAGGAGCUUAUUGCUUUCAAUUUGAUCGUUUUGGGGGCAGUGCUGGGGACUGAAUUCAGGGUCUUGUGCAUCAGAGGCAAAUACUCUGUCACUAAGUCGUAUCUCCAGCCCACUGCAUUGGGCUUUACAUGCUUCAACUCUUUGUGAUUCAGGUGGGAUUGUAGCCACCAUGGUUUUAUGUUCUGCCUCAUUUUCUCUUCUCUGGGCCUGCCUGUCUAAUGUUUGUUAGUAAGUCCAGCUCAUCAUGGGAAGAAAUGUGUUCCCACACCUAUGGAAAGUCAGCAGGGCCUGCUCUCUUGUUAGUGGUGAUGCCCUUCCUUUCCUUCCUUCCUUUCUUUUUUUUUAAAAUAAGUAUAUCUUAAAAAUAACUUAUUUAUUUGAUAUAUAUUGUUAUUUUGCCUGCAUGUAUGUCUGUGUGAGGGAGUUGGAUCCCCUGGAACUGGGGUUACAGACAGAUGUGAGCUGCCAUGUGGGUGCUGGGAACUGAACCUGGGUCCUCUGGAAGAGCAGCCAGUGCUUUUAACCACUGAGCCAGAUGAUACCUUCCUGAAGUUACGAUGUGAUGAAUUAUUUAUUACUCUCAGUUUGUUAUGUUCUUCUGGAGUGUGAGCCUUUUAACAUCCAGGAAAUAAAGGUGAACCUUAUUAAAA